ACAAAACAUUCACAAGAGGAAGUGAUUAGUCUCAAAGAAUGAAGAGAGAAAACAAGGAAAAUACUGAUGUUUUACAUACUAUAAUGAUCCCAUUUGUACAAAAUGCCAUCUGCAUCCAUCAGUACUGAUUGAAGAAGUAAAACAGGUGAACUUAGUAAGCAAAAACAACAGCUAGCUACAGUAAAUGAUGCCCAUGAGAAAUGACUAUGACUGACUUUAGCAUUAUGUUCAGCUGAUGAUCUUGUACUAAGCUGUGGCAAUGAAAGAGUUAAGGAUGGAGUGAUGUACAAUGCAGGGUGGUGGAUGAGAUCGUAUAAAGUAUUCUAGCCACAACAAGAGCACAGCAUGACUUAGACGUUUUUCCGAGGGAACUUGUGCACAGUUUAUACACACUUCAGAGACAGCAGAGCCUGAGGAGGUGAGUAGACUUAUUUAACAGAUUUGUCUAGAAUCACUGAUAAAGUCUGAUGACCACUAAUAAAGUAUCUUUUUAGGUCUUUGAAUCUGCAUUCAGAAAUGCCUUGUUUUUUGACUUUUUGUCUACAAAUUGAUUUUGUUAUACUGUCCAUGAGCUAAAGACUUUAUAAAGGAUUUAUCUGUAUUCAUAUCCAAACUUGCUCAUCAGUGCAACACAAAAAACUGCACAUCUAAGCUUACUGGAAUGGUAUCUAACAAGUAUUAGAGAAUAGCCAUGCUGCUGCUUUGCAUUCAUGGGUGAGUGCACUUCCUUCGCUUUUAUCUUUAGUCUUUUUCAGGCCCUGGCCACUGAGAAAGAUGAGAAGAGGAGACACGCCCCUUUUAAAGCAGCAGUCAAGUCCUUGCUUGGGAAAGAACAUGCCUCGUCAAUUCCCGAAGGUAACUCUGAGUGUGGCAGAAGAGGAGACGCAGCUCCUAGCAGAGAAGGUAUAUGCAUCAGCGCUGAAAGAGGAAGACAAUAAGGAUGCAUUAUCCAUGUUCACCGUGCCUGAGGACUGCCCUAUUGGCCUCCAGCAAGCCAAGGAGCAUGAACUGCUUAAGGAGCUGGCAGAGCAACAGUCGGAGGAGAGUACAAAGAGGAAGAAAAGCUUCAAGAUGAUUCGUUCCCAGUCAAUGUCCCUGCAGGUUCCAGUGAAUGUAGAUUGGACGCGGUCAGUGGCUGUCACGCCAUUCCUGUCCCCCAGCUCCACCUGCUCAUCUGUGCCAGAAAACUGCCCAGAUUACCAGAGAGUCACUAUUAGUGGUGAUUACUGUGCAGGAAUCACAGUGGAGGACUAUGAACAGGCAGCAAAAAGUCUUCUCAAGGCUCUGCUCAUUCGUGAGAAAUACUCAAAACUGGCCUAUCACAAAUUCUGCAGAACCACAGCCCAGUUCCUUCGCAGUGCUGAGAACAUGAGAUGGAGCGAAGAAGAUGAGGUUCUACCAGAUAUGUGCCCGUAUCCAGCAGAAGGAGAGGAUCCCUACAGUAUGGAGAACAUCCCAGAGAACCUGAACUAUGAGCUUAAGAUGAAGGAUGGAAUAGUGAAUGUGUAUGACAACGCUGAGGCUCUGAGAGGAAACCGGCCACAUGACCUUCCUUACCCAGACUUAGAGACUUUUGCCAUAGACCUUAGUCACGUGCUGGCAAUGAUUGCAGAUGGACCCACGAAGACCUACUGUCACAGACGGCUAAAUUUCUUGAGUUCCAAGUUCUACCUGCAUGAGAUGCUCAAUGAGAUGGCUGAGCUGAGGGAAUUGAAAAGUGUGCCUCACAGAGAUUUCUACAAUGUUAGGAAGGUGGAUACACAUAUCCAUGCAGCUGCCUGCAUGUCUCAGAAACACCUGCUGACAUUCAUUCAGAAAACAUAUAAGACUGAUGCAGACCGUGUGGUGCUGGAAAAGGCUGGACAAAAGAUGACUCUCCAGCAGGUUUUCCACAGUCUCAAUAAGGACCCCUAUGACCUUACUGUAGACUCCCUGGAUGUACACGCUGGGAGACAAACCUUCCACCGGUUUGAUAAGUUCAAUUCAAAGUAUAAUCCCGUGGGAGCCAGUGAACUUAGAGAAAUCUUCCUGAAAACUGACAACCUCCUUGAUGGAGAGUACUUUGCUCGUGUAAUAAAGGAAGUGGCCCAUGACCUGGAGGAGAGUAAGUACCAGCAUGCAGAGCCACGCCUGUCCAUCUACGGACGCUCUCCAGAAGAGUGGGACAGCCUGUCUAAGUGGUUUAUUCACCACAAAGUACACUCUCCGAACAUGAAGUGGAUCAUCCAAGUGCCCAGAAUAUAUGAUAUUUUUAAGUCUAAGAAGCUGGUCCCUAAUUUUGCCAAGAUGCUGGAGAAUGUAUUCCUUCCUCUCUUUGAGGCCACUGUUAACCCACAGAAGCACAAAGAACUUCAUGUUUUCCUCAAAUAUGUGUCAGGCUUUGACAGUGUAGAUGAUGAGUCCAAACACAGCGAUCACAUGUUCUCCUUCAGGAGCCCAAAGCCAGAACAGUGGACUACAGAUGACAACCCUCCCUACAGCUACUACAUCUUCCAUAUGUAUGCAAACAUCAUGGUCCUCAACAAUCUCAGAAAAGAGCAUGGACUGAGCACCUUUCAGUUCCGUCCCCACUGUGGAGAAGCAGGGUCAAUCACUCAUUUGGUCUCUGCCUUCCUCACAGCUGACAACAUCUCACAUGGACUCACCUUGAAGAAGAGCCCUGUGCUGCAGUACCUGUACUAUCUGGCCCAGAUGCCAAUUGCAAUGUCUCCACUCAGCAACAACAGCCUGUUCCUGGAAUACUCCAAAAAUCCUCUGAGAGAGUUCCUGCACAAGGGCCUGUGUGUGUCCUUGUCCACAGAUGAUCCCAUGCAGUUCCACUACACCAAGGAACCGCUGAUGGAGGAGUACGCUAUAGCAGCUCAGCUGUGGAAGCUCAGCACCUGUGAUGUGUGUGAAAUAGCCAGAAACAGCGUGCUGCAAAGUGGACUUUCUCACCAGGAUAAGAAGCACUUCAUAGGGGUGAACUAUCUGAAAGAUGGACCUGAGGGAAAUGAUAUCCGUCGGACCAACGUAGCCCAGAUCCGCAUGGCCUACAGACACGAGACACUGUGCAAUGAACUUAGCUUCAUAGUCGAUGCCGUGAAGUCUGAUGCUAUGAACUCACUGUACGAGUAAAAUGCACCACACAGAACACAGAAUCCAAGCAUGCUGAGCUCUUAGUAAUUACCAUUUACCUUUGAAAAGUGCCAGUGACUGUGAUGAUGAAAAAAUUUGCAUGCCUUGGAGGACUGGAUGACUUAUAGCAAUUUAGACAAAAGCUGAGCAGAGUGCCAGAAAUGAUGUAGAUGAAGUAGUUGUCACAGUUGUCAUUACACAAACACACUAUGUAUAAACAAUUGUACCUCAUACUCCAUUGUGUGACAGGAGUAUGCCAUAGAAACAGUUUGAAACUUGAGGUUUACAUACACUGAGCACUGGACAUAAGAACACUUGUGGUUGAGAGAGAGAGAGGGAGAGAGUGUUAGCUCAGACAAAUCUGAUAACAGAGAUAAAUGAUGUCUGGGACAUUUCCUCUGUCUCUCCCUUAAAUAGCUUCUUCUUAGAGUGACAUUUUGUAAAUAUAUCGACAUAUAGAAAGAUCUGGAAGAUACCCAAGUUUGUAAUGAUAUAUGUUUUUUUAAAAGUGCUUGAAAAAAUUGUAGAAAAGUUGCAUUUAAUUGCAUGUAUAUUCAAUCUAUGAAGCAGCAAACCGUUUGGUAAAAGAAUAAAAAGUCUUCAGUCUUUAAAA